AUGGUGAACGGGACCGCCGCUGUGCUGGAGCCCACAUUCACCGGCUAUGUGGCCACCACCCAAGAUGCCCUCAUCCUCUUCGAGGCCUGUCUCACCGGCGUCUUGCAUCAUGUUCCUCGUCGCCCACACGACCGGGAGCGCUCGCAUCUGGUGCGCUCGGGAAGUGUCUUCAUCUAUGAGGAGAAUUCUUCGGGAAUCAAGCGUUGGACCGACGGCGUCACUUGGUCCCCGAGUCGCAUCUUGGGCAACUUCCUCGUCUAUCGUGAAUUAGAGAAGCCUUUCCCCCCGGGGGAGAAGAAGCGCGCGAUGAAAAAGGCCAAUCGUCGACCGGUGCCCUCCACUAGACCCGGUGAACCUUAUCCCCGACAUGACAGCAACGGCUCAACUGGCUCAGGCUACUCGCCCACCUCACCCCCGGGGCCCUUUGGAGAGCGCACACAUCAGUCCGAGCUGGAACGCGCCCUCGUCGGAUCGCUGGUCGAUUCUUACGGUUUCAAGGACUCCGGUCUGGUCAAGAAGACCAUGUCCGUCACCGUCAUGGGCAUCACCCACCACUUGGUCUCCUAUUAUAGCGUCGAGGAUGUCAUGCGCGGCGCACUCAACCCACCAUCCAUAGUCGAAUCACUGCGCUAUAUUCGACCUCGAGUUGACCUCACUCAGAAACAAAGCUUCCGCGCCCCGAUCGACGAUCUCGAGACGAGUGCCAUGGAAUCCGCCCAUGAUCCCUCCCACGCCGCUCUCUACGGAUACCGGCCCCAACAAAUCAUGGCGCCACCAACAUAUGGAAUGCCCAACCCAUCCGCCGAUUUCUAUUCCAUGCACGCCGCCAACCCUUACCCCGCCACACAUCCUCCCCAAUCCGGCCCGAUCGCCGGCUACUCCAUGGGCGCGUCGAUGCCAACACAACAAGCACCGAACCCAUACCUCCCCUCACCCGCCUCGGCGGCAUCCAUGACCCCCAAGGUGGAAGAUUACCACACCUUUCGCACAGGACCGUACGGUGGCAGCAUGGACUCAAUGAGCCACUCGGCACUCUCCUCAUCAAUCCCAGGAGCCCUCAACACCGCCAUCCCAAGCUCGAUGAGCGAUCGCAAUCGCUCCACAUCCGACCACUCCCCCUCCGCCUACCGCAACUCAUCCAUCUCCUCCCGCAGCGUCGCCACAGACGCAACUUCUCCCAUGGAUCCUUCGACCCCAGCCACCUACUCCCGCGGCAGCUUCAGUAUCCCCGGCCAACUGGAUUCAUCACAUUCUCACCACCACCCCCACCACCAGAUGGACCGCGGAAUCGGCCCUCUUGACCCGACUGUCCCGCGCCGUGAAUCAAAUCCCAUGCACCAGCAGAGUUAUUAUGCGCCGGAUCGCUCGCAGUAUUACAUGGGCCCAACUCCCCCGGUGAAUCACGCGCAUUACGCGACCGCUCAGCCUCUGUCAACAUGGACGACGACUGCGCCUGCCCAGCCACAAAUCUGA